GGCGGUGAAGCAGGACAGUCCGGCAACAUCUGUAAAAGUUGGGUGGGAGGAGGAAGAGGCGUCGGCCAAGGAAGCAGUGGAACCGACAACUUUUCGAGCACGUAUUUGUGUGAAGAGGACUGAAGUAAUGAGAAGUCACCAUGGAAGCUCAGUCCCAUAGCUCUGCCACAGGUGAGAAGAAAAAAGUUGAGAAUCCGAUAGUGAAAUACUCCACUCGAACAGAUGUCAGUGAGAAAGCUGUGGCCUCCAGCACAACAUCCAAUGAGGAUGAAAGUCCUGGACAAACCUAUCACAGAGAGAGAAGAAACGCCAUCACAAUGCAGCCACAAAGUGGACAAGGCCUCAGUAAAAUCAGUGAAGAACCUUCAACAUCUAGUGAAGAAAGGGCUUCAUUAAUCAAAAAGGAGAUCCAUGGAUCUAUAUCACAUCUUCCUGAACCUUCAGUACCUUAUCGUGGGACAGUAUUUGCCAUGGACCCUAGGAAUGGUUAUAUGGAUCCUCCUUAUCAUUCAGCCCCUGCUUUGAAUUCUUUAAAAUACUAUCCACCUCACCUUUUCCCAACUUUCCACCCUCCAGUACCAAUUGAGGCAAGACAUCAUGAGGGACGUUAUCAUUAUGAUCCAUCACCUAUUCCUCCACUACAUGU